CUCGCAGUGCGGAGCUGCUCCGGCAGGGAAAUGCGCUGAGCAGCCGACAGAGAGAGGGAGAGGGAGCCGCUAAUUGAGACUUGCGCUUCCAGAGGGGACAGGACGGCAGAAGAAGGAGGAGAGAAGCAGGAGGGAAGAGGAAGGAGGAGAAGCAGAAGGAGAGAGAGAGAGAGAGGAGCAAGGACAGUCAGAAAGAAGAUCACCGCUCAAACCCUCCGCACAUGUUCUCAUUGUUUUUGCGCGGCGGUUCAAUCAUUUAUCCGCUUUGCACUCUGAAGACUCCUUCUCUGUACGGACGCCUUUCCACUUCUAUUUAUAAAGAAAGCACAGACAUUUUUUUUCUUUUGUUACCCACGUUUUCACUCCAGGGAGGGAGUGGGUGAGUGAGAAGGAGACACCAAGUGUCCCGCACUGUCUGUCUUCUGUUCUGGACCGACUCCGUUUCGCUCCGUCUUGAGAAUCUAAUCAGAAAGUGAAGCGGACUUUGCACCAGAGUCUCGAGGAUCUCCUGUUGACCCGUCAGCAGACCGCUCUCUUGCGCUUUUCCAUGGAUUUAUAGUUCCGAUCCACAACUUCUUUCUAUCAUCCUUGCAAAGAAAGAGACCCGCGAGGAUCGGAGCAGAGCGCAGGCUGGGAGAGACUGCGUUGGGGUUUGAGUCCCUCUAGGGAUCAUCUAGGGAUCAUCUAUUAACUGAUCCCAGUGAACAUUUACAAAGAGCAGAAAAAAAGGUGACAGGACGCUGGGGUGUGGGCUGAGUUUGCCAAUGAGCGAAGACAGCGACUGAAAGCAGCCAAAGGCCACAAGGGCUCCUCUUUCUCCUGCCCCUCAGCUACAAUACUGAGACACAUCACCUGUUCAAGAUGAGCUUCACCUUCGGGCUCUGCGUGCUGAUACUGUCCCUCGUCGAUGCGCUCCAGGCCAAGCCGGUCCAGGUGGCGGCAGGUCGGGCAAAAGAGCCGAGACCUCUGAGCCCCCUGCUUCAGCCGGGACAUCCCCAAAACGCAACCGUCUUGGAGGGGGGCCAGGUGAAGCUGCACUGUAAAGUUCAGAGACCAGCCUUCACUCGCAUCCAGUGGUUCCGGAAGGGCCUGGACCCUAACGGACUUCCCGCCCUCAGGCCUUUGACGCCCCUGCAAAGAAACUCCAGGCUGAGUGUCCUGGUGCUGGCCAACGCCACAAUGGAGGACACGGGGGAGUACGUGUGCAGGGCGGACAGUGCUGUCGGACAGGCCUCCCAGUCGGCCUGGUUGGAGGUCAUAGCUGCACGUCGCCCUGCUCCUGAGAAUGAGCCGACCCUGGCCCAGGACAAUGCUGCAGUCAACCUCGAUGAAGAUGAAGAGACCACUGAGCACCUCCUGCUGGAGCCGGGAGACCUGAUGAAGCUCAGCUGCGACACAAACCGACCCGGUGGCAUCCAGUGGUUUAAGGGUGUUACCCGGGUUCUGCCCAGUGCCAGGAUCCACAUGCGCCCUGGAGUCAUGGAGAUCACAGACGUUACCUAUGAGGACUCAGGCUUAUACACGUGCAUGCUGAGUGGCACUAUGGAAAUGUUGCGGAACUUCACUAUUGUGGUCACUGAUUCGCUAGCAUCAGGCGAUGAUGAUGAAGAUAAUGGCUUGGAUGACAUAUCAGUUGAAAGUGAGAGUGAUCAAGUGUACCUAACCAGAGGGCCUUACUGGACCCAUGUAGAGCGCAUGGAGAAGAAGCUAUAUGCAGUUCCUGCUGGUAACACUGUGAAGUUCCGCUGCCCAGCCAUGGGGAAUCCUCUGCCCACAAUCCGCUGGCUCAAAAAUGGGAGGGAAUUCAGAGGGGAGCAUCGCAUUGGGGGUAUUAAGUUACGCCACCAGCACUGGAGUCUUGUCAUGGAGAGCGUUGUUCCAUCAGACCGGGGGAACUACACUUGCAUGGUGGAGAACAAGUAUGGCUCCAUCAACCACACCUACCUACUGGAUGUACUGGAGCGCUCCCCUCAUCGACCAAUCCUCCAGGCAGGGCUGCCAGCCAACACUACCGCCGUGGUAGGCAGUGAUGUCCAGUUCCAGUGCAAGGUCUACAGUGAUGCUCAGCCCCACAUUCAGUGGCUAAAGCACAUUGAGAAGAAUGGCAGUCGCUAUGGUCCCGACGGCUACCCCUACGUCCAGGUCCUAAAGACAGGUAGUCUAAACAUGUCUGAAGGGGAGGUCCUCUAUCUGACCAACAUCACCAUGGAGGACGCAGGGGAGUACACAUGUCUAGCUGGAAACUCCAUCGGAUUCUCCUUCCAGUCAGCAUGGCUAACCGUUCUCUCAGAGGACGAUGUUACCGAGGAGGUGGAUGCAAUGGAGACAAAGUACACAGAUAUCAUCAUCUACGCCUCGGGGUUCCUGGCUCUCCUGAUGGCCAUUGUUAUUGUGGUGAUGUGUCGUAUGCAGGCCACCGCCAGCAGGGAACCAUUUGAUGCCCUCCCUGUGCAGAAACUUUCAAAGUUUCCCCUCCGUAGACAGUACUCGGUGGAAUCCAACUCGUCUGGAAAGUCCAGCGCCUCUUUGAUGCGAGUGGCACGCCUCUCCUCUAGCUGCUCCCCCAUGCUGGCAGGGGUCAUGGAGUUUGAACUGCCCUAUGACCCAGACUGGGAGUUCCCCAGGGAGAAUUUGACCUUGGGUAAGCUUCUUGGAGAAGGCUGCUUUGGCCAGGUGGUGAAAGCAGAAGCCUGUGGAAUUAACAAGGACAACCCUGAUCAAACAAGCACCGUCGCUGUCAAGAUGCUGAAAGAUAAUGCCACAGACAAAGAUCUGGCUGACCUCAUUUCUGAGAUGGAGCUCAUGAAAGUGAUGGACAAGCACAAGAACAUCAUCAACCUCCUUGGCGUGUGCACACAGGAUGGCCCACUGUAUGUACUGGUGGAGUAUGCCGCCAAGGGCAGCCUACGUGAGUACCUGCGAGCACGGAGGCCCCCUGGCAUGGACUACACCUUUGAUGUGACCAAGGUGCCCGAAGAGCAGCUCACCUUCAAGGAUCUGCUCUCUUGCGCCUAUCAGGUUGCACGUGGCAUGGAGUACCUCGCCUCCAAGAGGUGCAUCCACAGAGACCUGGCAGCAAGGAACGUCCUGGUAACGGACGACAACGUGAUGAAAAUCGCCGACUUCGGCCUGGCACGUGGGGUACACCAUAUCGACUACUACAAGAAAACCACCAAUGGGCGUCUGCCGGUGAAGUGGAUGGCACCAGAAGCCUUGUUCGACAGAGUCUACACGCACCAGAGCGAUGUGUGGUCUUUUGGUGUCCUGAUGUGGGAGAUCUUCACCCUUGGUGGGUCCCCAUACCCCGGUAUUCCUGUGGAGGAACUCUUCAAGCUGCUGAAGGAGGGACAUCGGAUGGACAAGCCCUCCAACUGCACACAUGAACUCUACAUGAAGAUGAGGGAGUGCUGGCAUGCUGUACCCUCACAGAGGCCUACCUUCAAGCAGCUGGUUGACGAACUGGACCAGCUCCUGCUGUCGGUCUCAGACGAGUACCUGGACCUGUCAACGCCCUUCGAGCAAUACUCGCCGUCUUGCGAGGACACAUCCAGCUCCUGCUGCUCGGACAAUGACUCGGUGUUUACUCACGAUGCCCUGUCCACUGAUCCAUGUCUCCUAGGCUACCACAAUGGGCACUCGCGGAUAAAGACCUGAGGCUGCCAUGUCAGCUUGUGAGAAUCACAAGGAAAUGUUUGCUUUAAAAGAGACCACAAAAAGAAAACACACACAAAACGUGCAACAUGAUCUCAUUAGAACUGCGCAACUGCGAUUAGGAGGCCCGCUUCAUACAGUCCACUUCUGGAGAUAACUGAAGCAGGACUUUCUUGUUCAGCUAGCGUCGAUUAGCUGCAGUUUGGGAUGAUAACACAUAGAAGUUACGUACAAAUAGAGCAGAUACAGAACUAAACCAACGUAGAACCAGUAUAUAAAGAGAAAUUAUAUUUUCAUAUAAAGACAGAAGUUGAUAGUGUUGUGAAAUAUAAGUAUAUAUAAGAUUAUUUUACAAUCGGGUAUUUAAAAUUCGUCGUAAAUCUCAGGAUGUCUUGUUUAAGGUUGCUGCCCUGACAGCAAAGUGCCUGAAUUUCUGAUCUCCUGUGAAUAUAUUAAAUAUUAAUAUUUUAUGUACAUAUCACAAAGAAAAAAGACAGUUACAUUCUAUAAAUUAUUUUUAAAGUUAUGAAGAUGAAGGUGUUCUCAAGGUGAAGAAUUAAUGUAAAUCUGAAUGCGUAUUGUGCUAGAGACAAACUGUUAGCUAUGCAUUUUACACGACUAAAGUGCCAUUCGAUUAAGCCUCCUCGUAUUGCUAGCAAAACAUCUGCUGCUUCGUACCGUUUCAGAGUAUUUGCUUUUUUAAUUGGUGAGAGCAGCACGGUUCAUGUCUUAGUAGCGCUGAAAUCAAGUGCCUGCCGGACACACAUAGCGGUGUGACUGCUGGACAAAAGAGGGACGGGCCCUGAAUGUGAAAAGCUUGAUUGAUUUCGAAUGGGAACCAACCAUUGUCUCCAGUAAUCUUCAGCCAGAGGUGUGUGUGAGUGUGUUUGUGUGUGUUUUUGCAAAUGAGGCAGCCUUAUUGUGCCAAGAGCUACCACUGCCAUUCUUCUGCUACAUCUCUUUAAUAUACAGAUGCUAAUUCUGUCCUUUUGGGACCACGUCGGCAGUUAUCUUCUGCCAAUAAAGAGCCCCCCCCGGAAAGAUAAGGUUCUGGUUCCCCUGCUAAUGAAUUUAGAAAGAGUUCACAACCGCCGCUGCUGGGUACGUGUCCCUUUUUGGAGGAGCGAGCGUGCAGGAGAACGGCCUCCGCUUGCCUCAAUGCGCUUUGACGACGUGUGAAAUUUAUUUAUGUGUCCGCAUUGUAGAGAUAACCAUCACUGUGCCAACGAGUCCAAAUCAUAUUCGUAUCGUAUUCCUCUUUUCCUCUGGCAGCUACAGCAAAAAAAAUCUGGACAAAGUCAUUAAAAGUUCAUAGAUGUUCAAAGAAAAAUCACAAAAAAUGCAGGAAUUUCUUUUCUCGCAUAUGUGAAACUGUUAUAUAUAAUAUACUGAAUAUCAGUUGUUGCCUCUUUAAAAUGUACACUUUUAAAUAUGCUUUCAGUGUGGAAAUGUAUUUACCAAAUGAAUCAUGAUUAAAGUGGCAAUCACUCAUAGGUGUAUUAUAUAUCACAUAUAUUUUAUUUUUGUUCUGUAUUUAACAUGUAUUUCUUUGUCACAAGGGAAUGUUCAACUUGCAGCUGACCUGCAACAUAAAACCAAUAUCAAGAUUUUAAGCCUCAAAAUGCCUUUUGAAUAUCCAAAUAAGUAUUAUGGCCUUUGACCACAACUUAAGGAUGAUGCACCACAUUUCAUACAUGUUCAUAAACACAAAAAAUGGCCGAACUGUGUCAUACUCCACAUAUGUACUCCCAAUAUCAUUGUAAUCCGAUUGUUCCUAAGUAUUUUUGAGACUUC